AUGGCUAACAUCACGAAGAAAGUGUCGUGGUCCAGCCGAGCCGACGAGUCCGGGGCGACCGGGGAGGGGACACCGCUGCUCAACGGCUCCGAGCAGCCCCGACACUCCAGACAGCUGUCUGAAGGACGCAGUAUAUUUCAGAUAGGCAGACUCAGCACGGUGGAUUUGGAGGAGGAGAUUACGUCAGAAGAGGACUCUCUUCGGGGGCGGCCUAAAGAGAUCCCCCACAAUGAGAAGCUGCUGUCACUUAAAUUUGAGAGUCUGGACUAUGAUAACAUUGAGAACCAGCUGUUUCUUGAGGAGGAGAGGAGGAUGAGUUAUAUGGGUUUCCGAUGUCUGGAGAUCAGUCGCUGGGUGGUCUGUGGUCUGAUUGGCUUUCUGACCGGCCUCAUCGCCUGUUUCAUCGACAUCGUGGUGGAGGAACUGGCUGGGUUUAAAUACCAAGUGGUCAAAGAGAACAUAGAGAAGUUUACAGAGGUGGGUGGCCUGUCAAUCUCUCUCAUCCUCUGGGCGGUCCUAAACUCUGCCAUUGUCAUGGUGGGAGCCAUCAUUGUUGCAUUUUUUGAGCCCAUAGCCGCAGGAAGUGGCAUUCCUCAGAUAAAAUGUUACCUGAAUGGAGUCAAGAUUCCUCGGGUGGUACGACUUAAGACCCUGGUGGUGAAAGUGUGUGGUGUAAUAUGCUCAGUGGUCGGAGGUCUUGCUGUCGGAAAGGAAGGUCCCAUGAUUCACUCUGGUGCUGUUGUAGCUGCAGGAGUAUCCCAGGGCAGGAGCACCUCCUUAAAGAGAGACUUCAAGAUCUUUGAAUACUUCCGGAGAGACACAGAAAAAAGGGACUUUGUGUCUGCAGGAGCUGCUGCCGGAGUCUCAGCUGCUUUCGGGGCACCAGUUGGUGGCGUUCUGUUCUCUCUCGAGGAGGGAGCUUCUUUCUGGAACCAGAUGCUGACAUGGAGGAUAUUCUUUGCCUCCAUGAUCUCUACAUUCACCCUGAACUUCUUCCUCAGUAUCUAUCACAACAAAACAGGAGACCUUUCCAGCCCUGGUCUCAUCAACUUCGGACGCUUUGAGAGUGAUAGUGUGGCUUAUAACCUCUAUGAGAUUCCUUUGUUCAUCGCUAUGGGAGCUAUAGGUGGAUUACUGGGAGCUUUGUUCAACGUUCUCAACUACUGGUUGACCAUUUUCAGGAUCAGGUAUGUUCAUCGCCCUUGUUUGCAAGUGAUGGAGGCCAUGUUGGUUGCUGCAGUGACAGCAACAGUGUCAUUCACCAUGAUAUACUUCUCUAAUGACUGUCAGCCUCUGGGGCCGGAGCACACUGAGGAGUACCCAUUGCAGUUGUUCUGUGCAGAUGGGGAGUAUAACUCCAUGGCAACGGCCUUCUUCAACACUCCUGAGAGAAGUGUUCGUAGUCUCUUCCACAACCAGCCCGACACCUACAAUCCUUUAACGCUGGGCUUGUUCACCCUGACUUAUUUCUUCCUGGCGUGUUGGACCUACGGCCUGGCGGUGUCUGCUGGAGUCUUCAUCCCAUCACUGCUAAUAGGAGCAGCCUGGGGAAGACUGUUUGGAAGACUGCUGGCUGCCAUCACCUCAAGUGGCUCGAUAUGGGCUGACCCAGGGAAAUAUGCCCUGAUUGGAGCUGCAGCUCAGCUGGGUGGUAUUGUGAGGAUGACUCUCAGUUUGACCGUCAUCAUGGUAGAGGCUACUGGAAAUGUCACAUACGGCCUUCCCAUCAUGCUCGUUCUCAUGACUGCCAAGAUAGUCGGAGACUACUUUGUAGAGGGUCUGUAUGACAUCCACAUCAAGCUGCAGAGUGUCCCCUUCCUGCACUGGGAGGCUCCUGCUACCUCCCACUGGCUGACCGCCAGGGAGGUGAUGAGUUCUCCGGUCACCUGUCUGAACAGAAUCGAAAAAGUAGGAACCAUCGUGGACACCCUCAGCAACACAUCCACCAAUCACAACGGCUUCCCAGUUGUCGUGCAGGUCACUGGUAGUGAUGAGCCAGCGAAGCUCUGCGGCCUCAUCCUCCGCUCUCAGCUGAUUGUUCUUCUCAAGCACAAGGUGUUUGUGGAGUUGGCUCGGUCCCGGUUGACCCAGAGGAAACUCCAGCUGAAGGACUUCAGAGAUGCCUAUCCCCGCUUCCCCCCGAUCCAGAGCAUCCAUGUCUCCCAGGACGAGAGGGAGUGUAUGAUGGACCUCUCUGAGUUCAUGAACGCAACACCUUACACUGUACCACAGGAAACAUCUCUGCCUCGUGUGUUUAAGCUGUUCAGAGCGCUGGGACUCAGACACUUGGUGGUGGUGGACGAUGAGAACAGGGUGGUUGGACUGGUGACCAGGAAAGACUUGGCCAGAUAUCACCUUGGCAAACACGGACUGGAGGAACUUCAGCUGGCUCAGACAUAGUACACACACACGCUGACACGAAUCCAUGAACUAUGACCACCUGAUGCCUCGUCAGCUGUGAACCACCAGCUAUGCAGCCUAAAACGACACCAUCAAUGGUCUCAGUCAUACUUCAAUGCCAAAAUGGUCACCAUGACAGCGUAAGUUAUUAACAGAAAAUACUCAUUUAAAUUUCAAACUGUUGUUGGUUUAAAAUUUGGAAGACAACGCAACUGACCUCUAACCUACAAUUUGUCCGUCAGUGUGCUGGGACUUAAAAUGAUACCAUGACAUUUUGAGACCUUGUUUACUUUGUCAUGUUAUGGGGUCAAAUAAAGAAUGACCUUUUCAAAAUAAAAUAGCUUCUUCACCAGCUAGAAGAGAGGAGAAAUCAGUUGUGUUAAUCAUGUGUUAAUCUUAUUCUGCUUCCCCAUUGCUGUUUAAACAGUUAAAUGUUACUUCCCUUGUGAAGUAAUGUUGUGGUGCAGUGAAGUGAUGCAGUGAUACAUUACUAAUCAAUUAUGAAUUACAUUUUUAAACAAUUGAAAUGGAUGCAUUUAAUGUCUUGUUAUUGAACUAAACAAGACAUUUCAUAUGAGUGUUCAAGUUGAAGAAUGGAUUUGUAAUAUCAACAACUUCACUGACUGUUUCAUGUCUUUUUGGGGUCAUUAGAAAUUAGUAUUUUCCAUUAUCGUGUAGUUUUGCACUGAAACGAAGGCUGUUAUUUAUUGUUGAUGUUGAAAACUUGUUUUAAUUUUAAGAGUGUGACAUGGAUUCCACAUAUCCCAUAAUUCAAGACACUUCCACAAGUGCAGUUUGAAUAACAGAGAGGGGUAUUUUUGAAUCUUGUGUGUGAGAGGGAUUUGUUAUUACAUGGAGAUACAGACUCUCCCUUCUCUCCUUCUGUCAGCUUUACUGAAUAUAUAUAUUUAUACUACUGUCAGUCAGAAAUGGAGUGAUACUCAAGAGGUACGAAUGUCAUUUUUCACACACAUUCAAAUGUUUGCACUUUGACCUACUGCUGAAGAAAGUCUGUUUUUGUCAAGAAACACCCACAAGUGUCCCUCCUGAAGCGCUAUAUGAAUGUAAACUGUAGUUUACCACCUUCUGUCUAAACUAAUCAAUUUAAUCCUGCACAGUCAGGAUACCACACAGAACACAGAUACUCCGAUUUAACUUUAUUUUGUUUUUCUCAAUUUGUAAAUCUAAUAUUUCUUCAAGUAUCAGUGUUAUUUUUUUCAGUCCUUGUCCAUUUCAUUGGUUUUAAACUUUGACUUUUUUUUCUCUCUUUUGUGGUCUUUGUUUUGUUGUACAAUUUUAAAUGUGAAAAUAUAGACUAUGCUUGAUUUUAUAACCACUGGAUUAUCCUUUUGCAAAUUAAUAAAGCUGAAAUUUAUCUAUGUUACAUGA